AUAUCUCACCAUGCAUCUGCAGUUCCAGAGAGAGAGAGAGAGAGAGAUGGAGAACGGAAAAUGCAACGGCGGCACCGCGGCGAGGUCGCCGGUGAUCAAGUUCACGAAGCUUUUCAUCAACGGCAACUUCUGCGACGCCGUUUCAGGGAAAACAUUCGAGACGGUCGAUCCGAGGAAUGAGGAAGUGAUCGCCAUGAUCGCAGAGGGAGACAAAGAAGACGUUGACUUGGCCGUCAAAGCUGCUCGCUUCGCCUUUGAUCAUGGACCUUGGCCUCGCAUGACCGGAUCCGAGAGGGCCAGACUAAUGCACAGAUUCGCGGAUUUGAUCGACCAGAACAUCGAGGAAUUGGCGUUUUUGGAUGCCGUGGACGCCGGAAAACUCUUCGAAACGGGAAAAAUUAUGGAUAUCCCAGCGGUUUCGGGUCGGUUAAGGUACUACGCCGGCGCGGCGGAUAAGAUCCACGGUGAAGUGUUGAAGAUGACCCGUCCUUCUUUGUUCGGAUACACUCUCAAAGAGCCUAUUGGAGUGGUCGGAAUCAUCACCCCGUGGAAUUUUCCGAGCAUAAUCUUCGCCAUGAAAGUGGUUCCUGCCUUGGCCGCAGGUUGCACCAUGGUGGUAAAGCCCGCGGAACAGACUCCCCUCUCGGCUCUGUUCUAUGCCCACCUCGCUAAUCAAGCGGGGAUUCCUGAUGGUGUGAUCAACGUUGUUACCGGGUUUGGUCCAACAGUCGGAGCUGCAAUUUCUUCCCAUAUGGACAUAGACAAGGUUAGCUUCACGGGAUCGACCGAAGUCGGCAGGAAGAUAAUGCAGGCGGCUGCGGCUAGUAAUUUGAAGGACGUCUCGCUCGAAUUAGGAGGGAAAUCGCCUCUUUUGAUAUUCGACGAUGCUGAUAUCGACAAAGCUGUAGAUCUCGCCCUCCUCGGUAACUUCUACAACAAGGGAGAGGUUUGCGUGGCGAGCUCUCGAGUCUUCGUCCAAGAAGGUGUAUACAAUUCACUUGUGAAGAAGUUAGUCGAGAAGGCGAAAGAUUGGACAGUCGGUGACACUUUUGAUCCUACUGCUCGCCAAGGACCACAAGUGGGUAGGCGGCAAUUCGAGAAGAUCCUCUCUUACAUCGAUCAGGGGAAGCGAGAAGGAGCAACGCUGCUAUGCGGCGGCAAUGCCAUAGGCGACAAAGGAUACUACAUCGAGCCGACGAUCUUCGUUGAUGUCACGGAGGAUAUGAAGAUAUACCAAGACGAAAUAUUUGGCCCAGUCAUGUCCCUGAUGAAGUUCAAGACGGUGGAAGAAGGGAUCGAAAUGGCGAACAACACGAGGUACGGGUUGGCAGCAGGGAUCGUGAGCAAGAACAUAGAUUUGGUGAACAGGGUUUCGAGGUCGAUAAGAGCGGGUGCGAUAUGGGUGAACUGCUACUACGGGUUCGACGUGGACUGUCCCUUCGGCGGCUACAAGAUGAGCGGCGUCGGCCAAGACAGCGGCUUGGAGGCUCUCCACAGUUACCUUCACGUCAAAUCCGUAGUCACCCCACUUCACAACUCCCCUUGGCUGUGAACCUCAUCCCUUCACCAAUAAGGGUUUUCUUCUCUUGCAUUA